UGAACGGCAGCCGUGGUGAGAGAGAGAGAGAGAGAGAGAGAGAGAGAGAGAGAGAGACACACACAGAGACACAAACACACAGAGUGAGUGUGUGAGAGAGAGAGAAAGAGAGAAAGAGAGAGAGAGAGAGCGCGGAGGAAAAAAGCAAGAAAAACAAAGAGUCAGGAGAAGGAACAAGGAGAUAAAAAAAGUCGAUAAAACCAGAUUGAGAGAAGGGCUCCGGACAAGCGGCAGCUGCGCAUCAAAGGAGGGACCGAGCUGGGGACCUUAUUGGAGACCAGCGAACAACAAAACCCGACUCCGGAGGCGCAAUAUAACGGUGACACUCCAGAGCUCCCUCUGCCCUCCUGAGGAUACAGUGAGACAGGCGGAUCUGCGCGCCCGACCAUGGCCUUCCCAUCAGCCCCCUCCGCAUUAUGGAGUGUCAGCUUAUUGACAGUACUAUUCGCCGCUGCGGUUCACAGCAACAUCAUAUAUGACGACGACCCCUUGCAGCCAGUGACCUCAGAUGAGACGGUGUCCGUGGGGGGGACGGUGACACUGACCUGCCAUGUGCCCGAGAGCGAUAACUCCUCACUGCAAUGGUCCAACACUGCACAGCAGACCCUGUACUUUGGAGAGAAGAGAGCGCUGAGAGAUAGCCGCAUCCAGCUGCACCGCUCGACGCCCACCGAGCUUUCUAUAACCAUCGCCGACGUGCAGCUGUCCGACGAAGGAGAGUACACCUGCUCCAUCUUCACCAUGCCGGUCCGCACCGCCCGAGCUACAGUCACCGUGCUAGGUGUGCCCGGUAAACCUCAGAUCUUGGGCGUCGAGAAUGCAGUGCCGGAGGGGGGCAAAGUCACCCUGACCUGCACCAGUACAGGCAGCAAACCCCCCGCCACGCUGCGCUGGUACCGAGGACAACAGGAGCUAGAAGGACGUCCAGACGUGGUGGAGUCCGUUCAAGACGAUCCCACAUACAACGUGAGCAGCGAGCUCACCCUGGAGGUGAGCCGCGACGACAACAACGCCCUCAUCACCUGCGCCGUCGACCAUCCCUCUCUCGCCCCGGGGGACAAGAGGAGCGAGCACACUCUGCGGGUGUUGUUUUCCCCAAACGUGCAGAUCCUGCCUGAGAGCGAUCUGCCUAGAGAGGGGGAGAAGUUUCAUCUUGAGUGUUUUGGCAACGGCAACCCACAGCCCACCUCCUACAUAUGGGAGAAGAAGGAUGGAGAGCUCCCCCCACUGGCCAAGGUCGACAGUGCUUUCUUACGCUUCGAGAUGCUCAACAAAUCAGAUAAUGGCGUCUACCUCUGCCAUGCCGACAACGGCAUAGGAAACGGCCAGGGGGAGUACACACUUCUGGUGCAAGAUCCCAUGGACCCAGACACCACCUUAUCCUCCCUUGCCACUCCAUCUUCCUCCACCUCCUCCCUCCCACCUUCCUCUCCUCCUGACGUCUUCACUGGCUCCAGCACUUCCUCCUCUUCCUCCUCCUCCACCCCCUCUCCUCCUGACCUCGCCUCCACCCCCUCCCCUUCUGAGCUUGCAUCCACCCUCUCCCCAGACAACUCCCCUUCCCCCACCCCCACUUCCUCCGACUCCUCCCCUUCCCCCACCCCCACUCCCUCCGACUCCUCCCUUUCCACCACACCCCCCACGGCUGCGGCUGACGCGUCGACCGCCACCGCCCUCUCCAACGUCCUCUUCCCGGACCUGCCUGUCUCUCCCUCCUCCUCCUCCUCCUCCCCGACUCCCCCACCUCCCUCCUCUGCAAGCGAAGCUCCUUCCGCCGCCAACCCCUCCUUCUCCCCCCCCGCCACCUCCCUUACUCCCUCAGUUUCCGUCCGGCUGAAUGGAGUUUACACUUUCACAGAUGCUGCAGCCAACAUUACAGACCCCACAGCCAUGUCGACCUCUUCGGGGGUUGACCACGCGGUGAUCGGAGGGGUGGUGGCCGUAAUCGUCUUCAUCCUGCUCUGCCUCCUCAUCGUCCUCGGCAGAUACCUCAUCAGACACAAAGGAACGUAUCUGACCCACGAGGCCAAGGGCUCGGACGACGCCCCCGAUGCAGACACGGCCAUCAUCAACGCAGAGGGAGGCCACUCCGGAGCAGAGGACAAGAAGGAGUACUUCAUCUAGACAGAGGACGGGGAGCGGUGGAGGAGAAGCUGGAGGACGUGGAUUUAGAGGAGAUUGGGAGGAGUGAAGGGGGAAAAAGAAAACCUCCAUUUUUUUUCACGAAGCUUCAGUUCUUCACUCGGUUGGAGGGACGAUGGGAGGGGAGGAACUGUGGGCAGGAUAAAGCAACUGGUACUACCCUCUUUGCAUUGAUACAGGGAAGUGAGAUUUUGCACUGACAUACGGACGAACUGAAGUUACACACUCAAACACACACACACACACACACACACACAUACAUACAUGAAUGAGUCAGUUUUGGGGGAAACUCUUCUCACACAGACUUGAAUGCUCGUAGAUGUUCAGAUUAACAAACAGGAGCCUCCUACUGUACUAACACAUCUGAAUUAUUUCUGAAUGACACAUUAACACGUUUCUACCCAUCGUAUCCUACUUCUAACUGUCAGCGCCUCGAAAAAGCAAAAUUGUAACUCACAUUCCGGCAUCCACUGAGCUGAUACUUCACUUGUCACACCUCGCCAACCUGUCUCCUCAACAUUUAAACCAAACCAGCUCUGUCUUUUUCACUUUUUAUUUGUCCUCAUUCUUUCCAUCUAACAAGGCAGUAUCCCUCUGUAAACAUCCUAGUGGCAGAGAAAUCCAUCCAAAGCAAAUUAUUACUGACAAACAUAAUCUCCCUCUCUCACAGUUUAAUCUUUUCAUGCCAUCAAACCUCGUCCCUGCGUCAUCACAAAAACCCUGGUACAAGCCGUUGAAUUUCCCACAGCGCAGAAACCACACGACAUGCAACACUCAUGCAACGAUAGCAUUCCCGCCUUGCGUUACCAAGCUGACGGGCUCCAGUAUACAUAUAUAAAUAUAUAUAUAUAGAAUUAUAUAGCAUUCUUUUUACUUGACAGAAAAUGUUUGGUGUGCUGUAAAUACACUCUCUCUCUACCUUCUGUCCUUCUUCUAUCCCUCUUCUCUUUCUCUCUCAUCUCUCCUGUAUCUCAUACAGUCUGUUACUGCAUUACAGUAACUUAUAUACUCAAAAAAAAAAAAAAGCCUGCCUGUUUUUAUUACAUGCGUGGAAAUGCAGAGUCAAAACUAUCAGUAUCUGGGAAAAAAAGUAUAAAAAUAACGACGAUGAUGUUGCGAUGAAAACUAACCUUAACUGCAAAUAUUUGUAUAAGGAAUGUUUUCCUUCUUUUCUUUCUUUUUCUUUUAUUCCUUUCGAAUUUUUGGCUACUCAUGAGAGAUUUUCUCUUGUCAGUGCCUCAGUGUGUUACUGUCAGUGUUAACAGUUUACAGUGUCUGUCGGUUUGUCAGUCCAGGAGUCCAUACAUCUGAUUUUUCCAACUUGUAUUCGAGGUUUUGAUGCUGUUUCUUUACUUUUAUUUUCCGUGCGCCACAUUCAGUGUCGCCAUUUGUUUCCCUGCUUUGUCGGCCCUCUGCUCCAAAACACUAAACUGUAGCAAAAAACCUCGGUUCGAACGCAGCUUUCGAAAAGGUAUCAAAGUGUUUGGUGGAGUUUUCCUGGAGUAGCACUGCCGCGCCGCACGUGGUCUUCCUCGCUGAAACGUACCGCUCGACUCCGCCAUCUUUCUCCCUGCAGCAGACUGCUUGUCUUGGCGAGGCCACCUGGCGCUAAAUUCAUUGAGUAGUGACAUCAUGACUUCCUCUUAAGAAGCUGGCACGGUCGCUGCUUCUGGGAGGUGAAAAUGUUUGCUUGCUUUCCACUACGGGGCCAAACAGGACUUCCUACAUGCAUUAUGACAGACUUCCUGGCAAAAACCCUUUUCUGUUAUUGUUUUUUUCUGUGUGUGUAUGGCAGGAAUCAUUCGCCAGCUUAGCAAAAGGUUCCCAUAAAUGAACGGUGUUUUAUUAAGGUUGGGAGUUCGCCUUGGCGCUGGCAAGCUCCACUUGGCCCGGUCGUGGAAAUUGAUUGCAAUCUAACUAAGAGGCUCUGGGCUCCAGACUGUACACAUGCCAAGGUUUGGCUUGGUGGGCAGGGUGCCCGAGCUGGAGUCUGGGCUGCACUAACACUGAAGAAAGUCAUUUAGGAAUGUAAAUGUCCUCUUCCCCCUGCUCCACUCGUCCAAUUCUUUCCAUUCUUUAAUCAAUCAUCUCGUCUGCGUCCUGAUCCACCUUCACCUGGACUCUCCUCCCCUCAUCGCUCCUUCCCCCCCUCCGUCUCCCGCCUCCCAUUUCUGAUCGAUGUCCGGUUCUCCUCGCUGGUCUCCCUCUCAUUCAGGAGUCCAUAGACGUACAGUAGAAGUAGCGUCUCUCGGUUUUUGCUGGCGUGCGCUGAUGGCUCUCUGUGGCACUUUUUGUUAGUGUUUUGGAGAGGAAUCCAUUUGCUGUUGUCAGUCUACCCGUAGACAGUUAAUGUCUGUGAUAGUUUUUUGUACACCCUUCUUGGGAACGUUCAGGGAUUGUGCUUUUCGUACCUUUCCCCGCAUGGAGAGGCAAAGUCCCGCCCCUUCCGGUGUGUCCCCCAUGGGACUUUAUAAUGGGAAAAAAUAUGUACGGUAGUCAACGGCGAGGAACAAAUCAUUUUUUGAUACCAUUUGAAUUGUGGCAUGAAUCACACAUAUGAUGUUUGUCAAUUUAAAAGGUCAUUUUGCGAGUCAAGAAAGUCCCAGUUUGUUGUAGUUUUGUGUGAAACCGCUUAGUGAACUACAUCUCUUCGCACAAUAUACGUCACCAACACUAGCUAGCUAGCUAACGUAACUAUGUUCCACACACACAGAUGAAAUGUUAUCUUACCUGAUGUGUUUGAUCCGGUGACUCCUGGUAUUUUUAUCGGGCGGGAAGUGAAUAAACGAGCAAACUUGCUGGUGUGAGUACAUCCCAGUACGAAACACUUUGGCUAUGUUCCAUACUUUUUCUUUUUACUUUUAGUACAUACUGCAGCUGUCCUUACAAAGUACGUACUGUUGCAUGCAGCGUACAAUUGGGACGCACUACUUUUGUCAUAACAUUGCGCAUUGAACUUUGACCCUCUUGCUCAUAUAUCCGCUAAAUUGUGGGUCAGAAUAGACAGAAAAGCAUGCUGGCUUGCAUACUACAGUAGAACAUCCUGGUAUUUUUGAUAUACUGCAUUUGACAUGCUAUUUAUUGGGACAUACUGAGUCUUUUCCUGGCAUACUAAAUAGUAUGGUAGUAUGGGUAAUGGAUUGCAGAGACAGGCAUCGUAGCUUCAGCGAGAGAGUGGGUGAGCAGUCUUUCUAGUUAUGUAUUUUCACAACCUUAUACUUUAGCAGUUUUACGACAAACUUUGACUUUCUUGACUUGCAAAAUAAUCUUUUAAAUUGCCAAACAUCAUAUGUGUAAUUCAUGGUCGCAAUUCAAACAGAAUCAAAAAUCUAUUUUUUCGCCGUUAACUACUAUAAAUCUUUUUUCGGAAGGGGAAGGACUUUACCUCUCUGUUGUCGUUAACUGCUACCUAGCGAGCUGCUUUGAAAGCAAGUGGCCCGGCUAGUGUGUCUAUAAGCUAGCUAUACCACAAAGGGUGACGUGACCUGAAGCAGGGUCAGCUGUUGUGUGUGUUUUUUUUUCUUUUCUUCCUAGAGCUCUCGCUUGGAAUUUUAGGGUGAUGCUAGUGUAAACUUGGCUUAAACAGUGUUCUAUCGGAGACUGUUUGGACGUGGUGCACCAGACAACUUUAAACAAACCGAGAUGAAUAUCUGGAAGAAUUCAGAACACUGUUUAUUCCCACGUUUGCUCCGCAGCUGUUCACAGUGUUCGGUGUCUGCAGACCAGAGGAUGGGCUUUGUCUCACAGAGCUUAUUGUCCACUUUGAAGAGUAACCUUUUUGAUUUGUAUUUAACCCCAAGUCGAAUUCUGCUCAGUGAAUGGUGAAAAAGAAUACCUGCCUCAUACUCAACAAAAGUGUAGUGUCUUUAAAAACUAAUGGACCUGUAUUUGCCUGUAAUUUAUCGUCCUGUCCUUCGUCUUAGUUAGUGUGCUAGCAUGUAGCUUGCAUGAGAAAAGGUUGGAAAUGUAGAUAGUGUUGGAGAUGACGAGUGCCGACAAGCAUCUCUCCUGAGACGAGCGCGGCGGUCUGCCCUGCUGACCUCUGAUCUGCAAACAUAGACCGCGUCCCGGUUAGACCCGUCUGUACCUCCUCAACACAGCAGUCCUCGGGAUAAUACUGAUGGAGUAGGGCUCAUUCUGCUUUCCCCCCACCACUGCUGCUGAUGCAGGGGUAUGCUGGCGUCGAAUUGUGGCGUCUAAUUCAUAUUUCAUUGCAUCAGUGCAGUAAUGACAAGCUGUCACCAGAUGCCGGCAAACAGCAGCUUUUCUUUGCCCUCUCGAGUCAGACCGAGCUGUCCUUCCUCACCACUCACCAACUCCUCUUCAGGCAGACGCACACUAGCUGCCAGUCAUCUUUUUAUUUUUGUAGUACAAACAAAAUUGAUUUUUACAUUAUGUUUUGUAAAAGGUGUGCAUAAUCUUAAAUGUAUUACUUUCAGUUCGAUUGAUAAUCAUUUUCUUUUUCUUUUUGGUUUGAAUUAGAUUUUUCCAAAUCUUGAAUGUUAGAAAUUUCUUUUUUUUUCGCAUUUUAUUGUUUCAACAACCAUUUUUUUCUAUAAUUUCAUGUACAGUAUAUAGUGUUGCCUUUACUGGAUACUCAUACACACUUUGCACACACACUUUGGGUACAUGCACAUCCACACACAUUUGUGCAUAUGCACGGCAGGCAUGGUGUCUGUGACUAUGGUGUAUUUGUGCAUAUGUGUGUGUACGUGUGUUUUGUGUAUGAGUGUGAGGUGUGUAUUAAUCGACCCCAAACAGACUCCGGAGACACUCUUUAUGUGUGUUGCAUUCACAAAAAUGUUAUUAUUUCGGUGACUAAAACGGCAUCUUUGUUUUUAAACUCAUUAUUUUGGAUGACAAGUCUUCCUUUUUGAAUAAAUAUCCAUAUCACAUGAGAAUAGUGCUGUCAUGUAUGUUAAUUUGUACUAUGGCUGAUGAUGUCAUCAAGGCGAGACCCAACCGCAUGCUGUGGUGGGUUUGUGUCUGUUGGAUGUUCAUACAGUAUUUGUUUUCUUUGUUUGUUUUUUUUGUUAAAAUACCAGUUCAGUUGUUGACUUCAAUAAACAUGCAUUUGGGUUAAUUUCA